AUGAAUCCCUGGAUUCUGUUGGCAUGUUUGUGUAGUGGAGCACAAGGACUGACAGGUCCGGAGCAAGUACACAUCGCCUUUUACACCAGUCCAUGGGAUAUCUCUGUGAGUUGGAUCACUUUUGAACAAGCUGAGCCAUCCCUAUCGUUUGGAACUUCCACUUCAACUAUGCAAGAUGUAUCGGGAACCACAAAUACAUGGGUAUUCGGAGGAAUCACAAGACAUUCACAUUCUGUAAUUUUGAAGGAUCUGAAACCUUCAACACAAUAUUAUUACCAAAUUCAAAACCGAUUAUUCAAUUUCCGAUCGUUACCUGCUAAUCUUAAUUCCUAUAAAGUUUGUGUCUUCGGAGAUCUUGGAGUCUACAACGGCAGAUCUACUCAAAGCAUAAUAAACAACGGAAUCGCUGGAAAGUUUGAUUUCAUUGUUCACAUUGGAGAUUUAGCGUAUGACCUGCACAGUAAUAAUGGAAAACUUGGAGAUCAGUAUAUGAAUACACUGGAACCGGUUAUUUCGAAGGCAUGA